CCCCGAACAGCUGGCUGCAGUGCUGCAGGCUCCGCCUCCUCCAGCGCUGGCCGCCGUCGCCGUCCUUACUCACGCCGAACCAAUCAGCCGUCCCCCUGAAACAGGACAGGCGCCGUCAGAACCACAACAAACAUGUUAGCGCCACAAGAAUUCAGAUUUAAAAUGUAAAAUAUCCAUGAACUGUUUUAGCUUCACCUAUAAAAAUGCCUUAUGCGUCAAACAUGACUUGAGAGCUGUUUGCUAAUUGCUGCUGGCUAGUCUGARGGACCUGAGUGGGGGGAGGAGCUGAGGCUCGAAGGCGGGGCUAAGUCCACUCAGGCGUUUUACCAGAUGCUGACACCAGAAAGAAAACAUCCAGAGAAACAUGUCAUUUAGUCUGAGUCCAGUUCAGAGGUUCUGGUUCAGAGGUUCUUUAGAGAACCACCAAUGAACCCAGUCAAACCCAGAACUGAAGAUGGAUGAAACCAGUUACUCUGACUGGAAACCAGUUCUGCAGAAGAGGCCAGACUGGUCACUUUUGUUCUCCUUCACAUCUUUCUGUUGGUUGAUUCCAUAAAAUCCAAAUAAAUAUUUUCAGUUUUGUGUUUUUAACAUGAGGAAAAGCUUGUGAAUAAAACCGUAGUUGCGUCAUUUCAUCACGCGUGGAGCCUUGGAGGGGGGCGCUCUCUCCCAGUGAGCUUGGUGUCCAUGGACCUGUAAAUCUGCCCCAGACCUGUAAAUCAAUCUGCCCCAGACCUGUAAAUCUGCCCCAGUGGGUUGUAUAGCAGCCGCCCCGGGCAUUGUUGACUCAUGGUGGCUUAAAGCCUCAUAAGCCCGACUGAUUUUAAUGACAUUGUCGGUGUAAAAUAUUGAAUAAAAUGUUAUGGCUGGCAUUAUCUUUACUCUUACAUUUCACUCUAUGAGACGCAAAAUUACAAGAGGAUCGUCCUUAUCGCCUCCAGGUGCAUUCUGGGUAAAACUUGUCGUCCACCAACGUCAUCAGUCUCUUGGCAACAGACGGAAAACUAGCUGGAACAUUUUAACGGACUAAGUUAACAUKAGUGGAGCUCCACGGAGCGGCAAAGUGAGAAGGAUGGAAAGAAGAGAGCAAGGAAAAGCCAAAACCUGGACGCAUAUUUUGUUCGUCGUCUUGGAGAUGAAGCGGAGUUUUUGUUGGCCGCGAUUCAGACCCGCCAAACUGCCAGGCCAGCGAAGGACCCGGAUAGUUACAGGAUGUUUGCUUCGUAUCCCGGCACCAAGACGUAUUUCUCCCACCUGGACAUCAGCCCUGGCUCCGCCCACCUCUGCUCCCACGGGAAGAAGAUCGUCCUGGCCAUCGCCGAGGGCGCCAAGGACAUCAGCCAGCUGACCGUCACGCUGGCGCCGCUGCAGACGCUGCACGCCUACCAGCUGCGGAUAGAUCCCACCAACUUCAAGGUCAGGCUGGGGUCAGGCUGGGGUCUGUGGUCAGGGUCAGAGCUGCUCUCUCACUGUAUGCUCGUCACGCUGGCCUGCUACCUGGGGUCAGAGUUCACGCCGGUCGCUCACGCUGCGAUGGAUAAGUUCCUGUCAGCCUUCGCAGCCGUUCUGUCUGAGAAGUACAGAUGAGCUCAGCCUCCGUUCUGGAUCAUAUUUACAGCUGCAGCUUAAAUGAGUCAUUUGUGUUUUUAUUGUAUAAACAUUUAUUAAAGCUGCCGUUUGUGUCUCCUGGUGAAAUGCUGAUUAUGAUUUUUAAAUUUUAUUUUGACACAUUUAAUUUCAGUUUCAUGAACAUAAACUGGAGACGAUACAAAGAUUUUAACAAUUAUAUUUUAUGAGAAUAAUUUUCAUGUUGRUGUUACAAUAAAUCUACCUUUAAGUAUUAAUAUAUUCAGAUUCCAAUGUUGACUGGCGGGCCGCAGGGCCGUGUGCUCGG